GCCACCACAGCUAACUUCAUUGAUGACAACAUAAUCGUGUGUUCAACAAUUCUGCCGAAUUGGAUUGUCAAUAAAUAAAUUUAAAUCGUAGAUUUAUCAGGAGAAUUAUGUCCACAUACCAGGAUGGGACGAAUCUACAUCAUAAUAAUCGUGAGGCUUCUCUGAGGGGUAGCUCCCCAGCUGUAGCAAAUAAGAAAAACCAAAAGUCUCGCUUUCUGACAGAUAUUGGGUCCCUUUGUUGUGAACCUGAGACCAUUAGUCUGGAACCCCCAGUGCUAUGGGAUGGAUACCAUCACACGUCCGACGUGCUCCUCCAGGUGAAUGCCCCACAUCACGUGGGUCUGGAUCUGUCGGUCCACCCUUACAACGACUGCUUUCUCGACCAGAGAAAGCCAGUUGCUGAACAAUCAAGCAAAAAACUCCCCUGGACUCCUAUAACAAUUCCGGCGGACUCAAACAUUGGCAGCAUCUUCAAGGACUUCGAAUUUCUCAACUGGAACCACGAAUACGAUCCUCCAGCUCGUCUCCAGACGUGGACAGAGCGUUUGUUUUCCACUCAUGAAAAUUUAUGGAAUCGUUGAGAGGAAAUGAAGAAGUUCCGAACCUUUCAGUGAUCGGAAAAAUACUAUUUGACUGAAUUAUUAUGCGCAGUGUUUAUUAUUAUUUAUACAAAUAAAAAAUGAUUUUUUCCUAAGCCUUCAAAA